AUGCGAGCCUCUUUUUUGAUCAGCCGCAGACAGCCGUGGAUGGGCCAGCUGCUCCUCAUGGCCAGGAACAAGGCCCUCACCCUCCUGCUGAAGCUCUACAGGCGCACUCCCAUCUUCAGACCGCGCCACCUGCCGGGAAGGAAUCGGACUCAGAGCGAUGAUACGAUCAAUAUCAGCCUUCCCUGUCGCAUAUCGGAAAGGAACUCGGUUUUGGGCGGGUUUGUGCGACUGGAUCUGUUGGGGGAGAGCACCCUCGAGGCGGACAGCGACGUGGAGUUCAUGGAGGAUGAGGACGUUUUUCUUGACCUGCAGAGCCUGCGGCGGCAGGGCAACUUUGAGAUGGCUGUAAUGGCUGGUGGACAACUGGAAGUGGACUCCGAGGAGGACGGGGAAUACGACGACUACGACUACGACGACUACGACUGCGAUGGAUACGUGCAGUUCGUGGAGUACGAGGGGUGCGAGGGGGAGGGUGAUCGGUUGCGGGAUCGGGAUCGGAUUGCGGAAGGCCUCGGGCAGGUGAGGGCUGCCACCUCGAAGGGCCUCCAGCCGGAUUCCGGGUCCCGAGGUUCUCCCACGAAGCGGGCAACGUCGCCAUCUAAGCAAGUCCGCGACUGA